UAAGUCCCAUAUAUGCACGCUCCAUCUUCUUAACAGGGCUAUUAAAGAGCAAAGGGAGGGCGUUUUCGGUACAUAUCGCAGCUCAAUCGUCAACGUACAUUCAGUGCAGGUCCCUCGCCGAGCUGUGGCGUAACACUCGGUGCGAUGGGUACCUACCACCACAUCCGUGAAUUCGCGUUUCAGUAGUGAGUAGCUUUUGAGUUUGAGCGUGAGUGAGAUCGAAAUGACCGCUCAAGCUGUGCGUACGUACGCUGAUGACGCUUUCCGAAUUCCGUACGCGUAUUGGCGUAGAGUCGUGGUAUACGCCUAUCACGCGAUGCUUGAAUUCACACAUCUUUAAAGCGUACACGCGUACAUUAUGUAGACCUACGCGUUGUAAUUCGAUGUAGCCAGUGGAGUGACACAGUGGCGCUGGAAUGAACAGCUGCGUUAUAAUUUCUAGGCCUAUAAUUAUAAACUCGCACAGUCUUUGAUCUUGGAUUAGAAAGUCUGUUAUUAGUUAAUGCUGCAGCAUGCAGCAGGCCUAGACCUCAGAUUUUAUCUUGACCUAUAGGCUACCGAAUGUUUGAACUUUAAGAAUCGGUUGGAAUUCAUGUGAGUAGAUCUACACUGCAGUGCACGUCGGACGUCUACAGCUACAGUCCAGACAGACAGCAUAUAGUGCCAGGGAUUCAACUUCAUGAAACCUCAGCCUCAGGAUUGAGCUGUGAAAUAAAUUAAAGUCAGACGCAGCUGAAAUCUCAUCAAGAUCAUUUGUAAGACUAAGAUUCAAGACUGAGGCCAGAGGCAAGACCAAGAAUUACAUCGUGAUACAGACUGAGUAACCGAGCCAAGCUAGGCCCAAGGGUUCUCUCUGGUUCUGGUUCUGGUUCAGAGAACCAGAGAAGAAAAAUGAAGCAAAAGCAAAGGAAUUCCACUAAGAUGUCAUCUGAUAUUAAGAAACGGAGCCAUAAUAAAGGCUGUAGCGAUAAGGACAAGGCAAAAUUUCAGACUUCUUGGACUGAACUUUUUCCAUUUAUACAGCCCGUAUUUGAGGAUAGAUACCACUUUCACUGUGCUCCCUGCCAGAAGGCAAUUCCAUGCUUUCAUCAGGGACGCUUUGACCUUGUUCGCCACAUGAGAGGAACUCGACAUAAGAUAAAUAUGUUGGAGGCUAACAUAAGUUCAAAGGUCACACCGGGCUUGCUUCGAAAGGCACAGUCUAUUCGCUUCCCAAUCCGCUACCUGUAUGAAUUCGAAGCACAAAGAUCCAUGUUAACACAUGGCGCAAUCGCCUCAAAGCCAGCAGCAGUAGUCUUUGAUCGAAGAGAAGAUACAUUUAGCCUUGCCUGUCCUGGAGCUAGACAGGAAUCCAGUGCUAUUGGUCAUGUCGGCAGUCCAAGCAAAGACUUGGAAGAAGAAGAGGUGCAAAGAGAGAUGGCGGAGUAUGAUUAUGUGUUCGCAGAGGAGGUGGAUGAUGGUUGGUCUGAAGGUGAAAUGCAAGAUUCUUCACAAGUUUCUGACAAUCCAGAUAAAGACGUUCCUGGGACAUCCUAUGAAGCGGACCUUCAGCAGGCUGCAGCCAGCUGUAAGUACAUUGUCCUCAACCAAGGCUUCCAACACGAUGAGCUUCCAGCGCCGACUCAUAACACCAAAAGGCGAUUCAAGAUAGAAAAGGAUGAAGAUUCAACCAGGUGUAAUUCAAUCUUGUCUCAAGCAGACUAUACGAGAAGGAUCAAGCGUCCUGCAGCAAAGUCCUUGAUUGACAAAGAGGGUGUCUGUGUGACCAACGGAAUACAGGGGAUUGGCUCUGCUGCUGGCCAAGAAGUCUUGCACAAGGAGCGUGGGCAGCAACAGGAUGAUUUCACAGGAUUUCAAAUCCACAAUCCUCGUAGUUUGAGAGUUGAUGACGAUGAGGCUCUAGAUGUAACAGGCUGGUCGCGUCAUGAUGAAGUAGGAAAGGACCAUCCUAGAACUCUGAUCCCAGAGCUUCUAAAGCAUUUCUAUGGGCUUGGCUGGGUCACUGGUACAGGUGGCGGGAUCUCCAUCAAACAUGGGGAUGAAAUCUUCAUAGCUCCCUCUGGUGUACAAAAGGAAAGAGUUCAGUCAGAGGAUCUUUUUGUGACCAAUCUCAUUGAAGAGGAUAUCAGUGGACCUCCCCCAACCAAGAAACUUAAGAAGAGUCAAUGUACACCACUCUUUAUGAGCUGCUAUACUCUAAGAGGGGCCGGAGCAUGUAUCCACACCCAUUCUAAGAGUGCAGUUUAUGUCACCUUGAUGUCACAGGGGUCAGAGUUCAGGAUUACUCACCAAGAAAUGAUCAAGGGCAUCAAGAAAGCAACAACAGGACAGAAUUACAGAUACGAUGAGCAGUUAGUGGUCCCCAUCGUUGAGAACACACCAUUUGAGAAAGACUUGAAGAGUUCUCUGGAGAAAGCGAUGAAUAAAUACCCCGAUACGUAUGCUGUGUUGGUCAGACGCCAUGGUAUAUACGUCUGGGCAGACACGUGGGAGAAGGCUAAAACAAUGUGUGAAUGCUACGACUAUCUAUUUGAGAUUGCUGUUGGGAUGAAACAGCUAGGAUUGGACCACACGAGGGCACCAGACGGACCAGAAGGGGGCAUCGUUGGAUAGCAGCAAAAAGUUUCAUAUUUUGGUUUGAAAUGAUUUAUUUGAUGACCAUUUAUUUUGUCAAAGGUUGAGGGUAGGGUUGCAUCUGGGUCUAGGCUAGGUUUACGAUUUGAAUUUGGGUUAUUUAGAGUAGUGGUGGUGGUUAUUUUACCCGACUGCUAAAAAGGUAUAAAUGCUUGUUAGUAAGCAACCAGAGGACCGACAGCUUUAGGUCCUCUCCGAGGGACCUGGUAAUGAGGAUUACUGCCUUACCAAAGGCCACUAUUGCAUCAACUUGGUUUUGAACCCGGGUCGCCGGAUUAAGAGACCACUGCUCUACCAACUGAGCUAUUGCGCCUCCUGUAAUGUAUGUAUUUUAUAUAGCCUUGCGUUCAGAUAGCCAGAAUUCAUGGCAAAGCUUUACGAUAAUCUCAUGUAUAUUACAUUUUAUGUAGUCUUUGCGUCGUGUAAAGAAACAUCGUUAAUGAAACGUUAAGCGAAACACUGAAUGUAAGCUCAAAAGAAUCACAAUUCCAAUCUAGUCUGAAUGUCUCAUCGUACCAAAAUUUGGGUGGGGCUUACAGUGAGCACGCACAGAAGAGCCACCGACCUCUUCAAAAGCAGUUUCUGUAUUCAACGUUUCUUUAGACGAUGUUUUCUACUCUGUAUGUUCCUUUCGCUAUACAAUGAUUAUUUAUAAAGUGAGAAUAGGUUAUGGGAUUGAGGCUCGAAAAGGGACGAGUGUUUUCUACUUGCCUGCUCAUUUCACUAUACAAUGAUUAUUUAUACAACCUUUCUUUAUUCAAGUUCCUUAAUUUUUUUCUCGAGUCUGGUUAUGGGAUGAGUGUAGGAAUGUGACCAUGGUGCAAUUGUCACCAGAGCAUGUGCUAUAAAAUCAUUUUCAAAAGUGUAUCGUAAGAAAACCAUUGCCAGAUUCAAAAGUUUUUUCUAUUGCUUUUAAAGUCAAAUGCAUUUGAAAAUAAUGCGAGUAUGCCAAAUAGUAAUGUUUGCUUCCUUUUGAAAUGAUAUACAUGUAAAUAGUAUUUAUUUUACAAUAUAAAUGGUUAUUGUUAUUGUUAUUCCUGCCUUAUACAUGUAUGUAAAUGAACAAUUUGAUGGCCUGAAUCAUUUAUAUGUGCCAUUGUCCAUAGUCAAUUUUCUGCAAACUAAAUCAGCAAAAAAAGAAAAGAAAGUGGACACUGUCUAUUGUUCAAAAUCUAUAAACCAUCCGUAAAAUAUUAUAAAAUACAUUUCACAUUAAAGGAAAAAUACUGCUCUUCCAACAUCAAUUCAGAAAAAGUUUUGAACAAUCGACACUUGGCUGUGCCAUUAGAAGGUCUGAUUUAAAACAAUUGCAAAAUAGAGCAAGUAGCCAUUCAAAUGUUAUUGAAUAUGUGCAUCUGUAAGACAUUCUUGUUGAACAACGAAAACAAAGAAUUAGAAACAUUGAGGAGGAUUAAGCUCUGGGGGUGUUUCACAAAGAUCCUAAGUCAAACUUAACUCUAAGUUGGACUUGAACAUUAUGGAGAGCCAUUUGUAGCUUUAAAGUAAAAUAUAUUCAAAAGCCUAAAUUCCAAGUAUUUUAGACCUUUCAUAAAUUCCAUGUCAAGAUCAUGAAAUCUCCUUGAUAAUAGCAAAUAUGAAUGAUUUGAAUCAACAUUUUAUGCCUUUUAAAAUAACUUUUACAAAAUAUUUUCAGGGAUGCUAAUGGUUUUCCAUAUUUGUUUAGUCCAACUAUUAAAGAGAUAAGUUCAAUUUAGGAUCUUUAGGAUUCAAUGAAUGGUUUGGAAAAGCACAGUCAAGAUGCAUAUUUUGUUUCAUUGUGAUUUUUUUUCUUCUUCAUUGUUUUAUAAAAGAUGAAAGAUAAAAAUGCUCAUCAAUAUUGGAAUAGACAAGUGCCCCAUUUUUGCAAUUUUCUUUCACCAGUGCAUGUAUAGUAUCUUAAAGAGGCUCAACUUAUGUUUAUUUUUAUGUGUGACAUAUUAAACAAAUAUAUCAUGCAGGCAUUGAAAUUAUGGAUCGAGGUGGCAGGAAUAGCACUCUUUCUGUAGCCUUCGAAUCCAUAAUUUCACUAGUGGCUUGAAAUAGUGCAUGAUAUAUUUGUUUUAUAUUUUUCAAACCAACCUUAAUAAAAAUAAACCAUGGAUGAUGUCGCGGUUUAGUACAAUUUCUUAUCAGUUACAUCAUAGCAAUGUUAUGUUUCGUCACGUGAUGCCUUGUUGACCAAUACAAAAAUAUUAAAGUUUAUAUCAAAUGUAUAUUUGAAAAUCUUAA